AUGCCUCUGCGCAAGCUCUAUCUCCAAGAUCUAUUCGCUUUUUCUUAUAUCUAUACUUUCUUACUUCGUCUUCUAUUGGUCCAUAAAUUCGGGGCAUCAUGUAGCCCCGCCCACAAGCCUAUAGUCAUUCUUCAUGUUUAUACUUUUCUUUGUAUCCUGUUCAUCAUCUCUUCGCGUCUUUUGGCUCCUUGCUUCACCCAAGGCCUGCGCGCUAGUCUUCAACCUCUAUCUCCUACACUUUAUUUAUCAGUAUUGCUUCACUAUAUCACUACUACCACGCAGAGUCGUACUAUAUAUACAGUAUACUAUCGAGAGGAAGGUUGGGGUUGUUGUAUAAUGACGCGGUGA